AGUGGCGCCACUGAAUCCAUAGAUGUGUGGACUCUCCUCUACCUAAACGAAUCUGUGAUUUGCAAGCUCUUUAUGUAAGGUUAUGUUGUUGAAUUUUGUUUUGAUUUGGAUUAAUUUAGUUUUAUCUUGGUAAUCUCAGUUUGUGUAAUCGAUAAAAUAUUUUUUGUGAGGUGUUACGUAAAGUUAAGUAAUAAGUAUAAAAAUGGGUAGAAGGGUAACAGUAGCGGCCUCAACUUUAAAUCAAUGGGCGUUAGAUUUCGAAGGAAAUCUCGAUCGUAUUUUACAAUCUAUUUUAGAGGCUAAAGAACUAGGAGCGACAUUUAGGACAGGACCAGAAUUAGAAAUAAGUGGAUACAGUUGUGAGGACCAUUUCUAUGAAAGUGAUACGUUUCUUCAUUCGUGGGAAGUAUUACAUGAACUUUUAAACGCACCAUUGUGCAAAGACAUUCUCAUUGAUGUCGGUAUGCCAAUAAUGCAUAAAAACGUUUCUUAUAACUGUAGAGUUAUAUUUUUAAAUAAAAAAAUUUUGCUUAUCAAGCCCAAAAAAAUUCUCUGUGAUAGUGGAAAUUAUAGAGAAAGUAGAUGGUUUGCCAGCUGGAAGAAGACCAGAUGUACAGAAGAUUUCUAUCUUCCCAGAAUGAUUACAAAUAUUACAGGUCAACGAAUUGUACCAAUUGGUGAUGCAGUAAUUUCCACAUUGGACACUUGUAUAGGUUUUGAAAUAUGUGAAGAACUAUGGUGUUCUAGUAGUUCUCACAUUCCCAUGUCUCUUGAUGGUGUUGAAAUAAUAUGUAAUGGUUCUGGUAGCCACACUGAAUUGAGGAAAGGUUAUGUGAUAGCGGAUCUGGUUAAAAGCGCUACUAUGAAAUGCGGGGGCUGUUACAUUUAUAGCAAUUUGAGAGGAUGUGAUGGACAGAGAGUUUAUUUCGAAGGUGUAUCAUGCAUUUCACUCAAUGGGAAGUUAUUGAGUAGAGCGAAACAAUUCUCACUUAGCGAAGUUGAAGUUAUUGCUUCUACUAUAGAUCUAGAAGAUAUCAGAUCAUAUAGGAACAAUCAAAGAUCUAAUGCUAAUUUAGCCUCUUCUAGCUCUAGUUAUCCUAGAAUAGUCGUAGAUUAUUCUCUUUCAUCGGAAUACGAUGUUAUACUUCCAAUUGCACAACCGAUUGUUUGGAAUUUUCUUCAACCGGAAGAGGAAAUUGCUCAGGGACCUGCGUGUUGGUUAUGGGAUUAUCUCAGGAGAUCUGGACAAGGUGGUUUCUUUUUGCCAUUAAGCGGUGGUGUCGAUUCUUCCAGUUCUGCCGUGAUCGUAUAUUCCAUGUGUAAUCUUAUAAUGGAAGCUAUUCAUCAAGGAGGAGAUCAAAAAGUAUUAUCAGACUUACGACGAAUAUUGGCAAGUCCUGAAUAUACCCCUGAAAAUGCGCAAGAAUUAUGCAAUAAACUAUUAGUUACUUGUUACAUGGGAAGUGAAAAUUCGUCUAAAGAAACAAAGAUAAGAGCUGAUACUUUGGCGACAUCUAUAGGAAGUUAUCAUAUGAGUAUUACAAUAGAUAGAGCCGUUUCAUCUUGCAUAGAGAUAUUUACUCAUGUAACUAACAUGAUCCCAAAGUUUUCUGUAAACGGUGGUUGCCCGAGACAAAAUCUCGCAUUACAAAACAUCCAAGCCAGAAUUCGUAUGGUAUUUUCUUAUCUGUUCGCUCAAUUGAUGCUUUGGACGAGAGGGCGACCUGGAGGACUUCUGGUUUUAGGUAGUGCUAAUGUUGACGAAUCUCUUAGAGGUUAUAUGACGAAAUACGAUUGCUCCAGUGCUGAUAUCAACCCCAUAGGUGGUAUUUCAAAAACGGAUUUGAAGCGAUUUAUGAAUUACGCCAAAAGCGAAUUCAAACUUCCGAUUUUGAAAGAAAUCAUUAAUGCGCCACCUACUGCCGAAUUGGAGCCUUUGAAACAAGGAACUAUUACUCAAACUGACGAACAAGAUAUGGGUAUGACUUACGAAGAAUUGAGCCAAUAUGGUAGAUUGAGGAAAAUCGAAAGUUGCGGACCUUAUUCUAUGUAUUGUAAAUUAAUUCACACUUGGUCUGAAAAGCAUACUCCUAAACAAGUAGCAGAGAAAGUUAAACAUUUUUUUAGGUGUUAUGCGAUAAAUAGACAUAAGAUGACAGUAAUCACACCGUCUUAUCACGCUGAAUCCUACAGCCCGGAAGAUAACAGAUUUGAUUUACGACCAUUUUUAUACAGGGCGAAUUGGUCAUGGCAGUUUCGCGCCAUCGAUAAACACGUCGAAUACACCAAUAACAUUAAGAGGGCGAAUUCCUCCGAGUCUUCUAAUAGUUUAAAAUCCAAAAAAAGUAACGACGCUUUCGGUAAAAUUCGAACCGGAGUUACUGUUUGAACAGUUAAAUUACGUUUUAAUUUUCUCUAUCCACAGUUUUUUUCACCUGUAUUGCCUCCACGUGCCUCUAUUACAUAUUUCAUAAGACAUAUCAUGAUCUUUUAGAGCCAUAUUGUCGUCACAACAUAUCACCUGGUGAUCAGUCACCAGAUGUCAUGACUGCCACCAGUAUAACGAAAAUUACCCCAAUCACUAGUAUCUGAUAAGCAAAUUGCUUCACGGUUAUGAGUGAAGAGAUUAAAUCUCGGUGGUUCGUCAUGGCUUAAAAACACCUGGACGGGAGUCUUUCUCUUGGGGAGCUUCUCCUACGACAGAAGUGCAAUUAUAGAGAAAAAUUCGGGGGAAGGAUUAGCAGUGAAACUUCGAUCCUACCUAAUAUGAUAAAACAAAAGAUAUAACAUCGAAAAAAGUCUAUAUAAAAUUUAUAUGAUUCCGAGACGCCGAUGUUAUCAAGUUCAUUUCCAGGAACGUUUUUGUUUCUGCGUUUGUGGCUCCAGCUUGUUUUCGUCCGACUUCACUUUCACGUCCCUAAUAUAACAGUCAGGACGUCCUAAUACUCGACGAACAUCUUUUACAUGUUGUCGUACGCUCAGUACCAUUGUUGCCAUUUCAAUUGUCAUGUCUCGACGUAAUACAACACUUGCUGUAACUUGGUUCAUAAAACGUAGGUAAGGAAAAGAAAAAAUGUCGUGUGCGCAUCCUUUCGUUAGCGAAAGGAUUUUAGAAGGUGGCUUUGUUAACCUUAUAUUCUAACUUAGGGGAAUUACAUAAUUAGAAGAAGAUUUACGCUUAUCCGAUGGAAUCACUUCACUGUGGAAAGACUUUAUUUUAAUUCUAAAUAAAAAUAACAAUAAACAAUAUAAUUUAAAA